CAGCAACCCCACGUCCAUCACACCUUCAACAUACAGCCCACUGACAACAGUUCGCUGCAAAUUCUCCUCCAACACGGCAUGCAAGUACGCCACAUGCCCCGCCAACUCGGUGUGUGCGGAGACAAACGACAACAGGGGAGCCACCUGCCGCUGCCAGGAGGGCUUUAUUGGCGUCAACGGCACCUGCCAAGACAAGUGCAAUCUCGACUGCAUGGCCAAUUCCCGUUGUGUGAGGGACGCGUCUGGGGCCCCGGAUUGUGUGUGCAACAAGGGAUUUCAGUAUUCUCCUGACAGCAAUACCUGCGUUGACAAAUGCGAUUCGGUGAAUUGUGGGCCCAACGGCAAGUGCAUUAAGGAUGCAGAUGGAAAUCCUACCUGUGCUUGCAACGCUGGCUUCCAGAUGCCUCCCGACAACCUCACUUGCGUUGACAAGUGUGAGUUGGUGACAUGCGCUGCCAACUCCCGCUGCAGCAAGGAUGCAAGUGGGAACACAACUUGCGAUUGCGUCACCGGCUUCGAGAGGCUUCCGGGCAACGACACUUGCGUUGACAAGUGCGCUUCAGUGAAUUGCCAGCCCAACAGCACGUGCAAGAAGGAUGCAAACGGAAUUCCAGCCUGCAGUUGCAACACCGGCUUCACGCUGUCUUCUGACAAGCUCACAUGCAUUGACAACUGUGCUUCAUUGAAUUGUGGCCCUGGUGGCACGUGCAUGAAGGAUGCGAGCGGAAGUCCGUUCUGCAACUGCACCAUCGGCUUCAAGCCGUCUUCAAACAACCUCACUUGCAUUGACAACUGUUCUGGGAGGAAUUGCGGUUGGAACGGCAAGUGCGUGAAGAAGGAAAACGGAGAUCCAACCUGCGCGUGCAACACGGGCUACCAGAUGGAUACUGACAGAUUCUUAUGCAUCACAACGCAGUGCUACGAGUUGGGCUGCGGACUAGAUGGGGAAUGCGUGUAUGACAUCAAUGGGAGACUUUCGUGCAGAUGGAACUCACCCUGUGGCAGCUGCCCCACUGGAGGCGUCUGCAAAACCAUCCAGGUCACAAAUCAGGUUACUGCUACUGUGCCAUACUGCGAGUGUCGUUCCGGCUAUGGCAUGACCUCAACAGGCUGCAUCUACGGUGCACCUGACCAAGUGAUUCCCUACAGCAUCACGCUCUUCAAGGAUCGGAUAGUGCGACUCCCUUACCAAUCCGCUCUUGGUGGUGCGGUAGCUGAUUCUCUUUGCUGUCCGCUUUUGACGCCUAGUUCCUCUAGCAGCGAGGAGGCAGAUAAGGAGCCCAGCGGGAGCCCACGCCGUCCGCUUCCGCAGGUGAAGGUUCCCGUGUUUCCUGUAUCAAGCCGACCGCGGGGACAGAAGAAGCGGGUGCGCGACGCAGAGACGCCGGAGACAAGGCGCCGACGGACGGAGAAGAAGCGGAAAGCUUACACCGUCAAGGAGAAGCUUUACUGGCUCAAGAUGCUUGACGCGCAGCCCCCUAUGAGCGUCCGGAGUUUGGCCAGGCUUGCCAAAGUCCAGCCGAAGCAGAUCCGCGACUGGCGCAGUUUAGAGGAGCUGCUCGACAAAGCGGCAGGGUGUCGCCAACGUCUCACUGGUGCGGGACGAAAGCCCAAGUACCCCGAUAUGGAGGUUGCGGAUGAGCUGAUCCUCGCUCACCUCCGCGAUAAGGCGGAGGUGGAGGUGCUGGAGGAUGUGUGCGAGGAGGAGCUCGAUGAGCUCGUCCCCAACCCUUUCUACCCUGACCCUGCCGCCCCUGCAAGCAAGAACAGCGAUGCUGCCUCCUCUCCAGCUGAGGAGGAGGAGGAGGAGGGGGACGAGGACGAGGACGAGGACGAGGACGAGGAGGAGGAGGAGGAGGAGGAGGAGGAGGAGGAGGAGGAGGAGGAGGAGGAGGAGGAGGAGGAGGAGGAGGAAGAGGAGGAUGAAGAGGACACGGAGGAGGAGGACGAGGAGGAGGAUGAGGAGGAGGGUGAUGAGGGAUUAGGAUGGUAA